AUGGCGAAAUCACAAGGCAUCACAGUUUCUCCUCUUGCGCAACAGCAAGGAAGCAAAAAUGUUCAGACUGGACGUCCCCAGAAUAUACUCACCUUAAGCUUGACUAAAGGAAAUACAACAUAUGAUGAAUUUAAACAUGGAUUCCCAUAUGAUGGCUUAUCCACUGCAUCCAAUAAAUGGUGGGGAAGCAAUAGCCCUUAUGGUUAUGAGAGCAUCCAUGGAGAAGGAGCUGAGAUUGAUGAAGACAAGAAACAUCAGUCGGAAAAAUUGGCAGGUGAUGGUGCAAGUUCAAUUGUAGUGGACAAAGAGAAAUGUGAAAGUGGGAAAGAAGAGAACAUUAGUUCCCAAGGAACAGAUUUACUGAUGGCUGUGAGAAAAAGAAGUCUGGAAGAAGGGCAAAAAGCACUUAAGCUUGGUGUUUUACGGGGUUAUGGUGCAAAGAAGCUAGGCAGAAGGGAGAGGGCAUUGCUUCUCCGAAUAUUCUCUCUUCAAUCGUAG